CUCUCUCUGGUUCACGGCUCGCGAGACGGACGCGAGGCGCGGAAGUGGCGUUCUCUGACGAGAUGGCUGGGCGGGGCUUGGAUGCGCGCGGCGCAGCUUCGGUAUUGUAGUCCCGGCUUCGCGCAGUCUGGGAGGCCCACUUCCACGAAAGGAGCGGCGUCGAGGAAGGCAGAAAGACUACAUUUCCCGGCCUGCUUUGCGCGGGUGGUGCUGCUUCAGGUGGGGGAUUAUGAGGAAGGCGAGCAGGAGCCGUUAGACUCGGUUUGGCUGAGGUGGCUCAGGGUCAGGAUGUACACGCUGCUGUCUGGCCUUUACAAGUAUAUGUUCCGGAGAGAUGAAUACUGCAUCUUGAUCCUCGGACUGGACAAUGCUGGUAAAACGACCUUCCUUGAACAGACUAAAACUAGAUUUAACAAGAACUACAAAGGGAUGAGCUUAUCCAAAAUCACUACUACUGUGGGCUUGAACAUUGGCACUAUAGAUGUGGGCAAAGCCAGACUAAUGUUCUGGGAUCUUGGAGGACAAGAGGAGCUUCAAUCUCUCUGGGAUAAGUAUUACGCAGAGUCCCACGGUGUCAUCUACAUUAUUGACUCCACUGAUGAAGAAAGGCUUUCAGAAUCCAAGAGAGCUUUCGAGAAGAUGGUAACCAGUGAAGUCCUGGAAGGAGUCCCAUUGCUGGUUCUGGCUAACAAGCAAGAUGUAGAGCUUCGAAACACCGGGUCAACAGCUUCAUUGAACUAUCGUGAUCCCAAGCUCUCAUUUCUGAACUGCCUCUCGAUUCCCGACAUCAAGACUGCAUUUAGCGACUGCAUCAACAAAAUUGGGAAGAGAGACUGCCUGGCCCAAGGGUGCUCGGCUCUCACUGGGAAAGGAGUGAACGAGGGAAUCGAGUGGAUGGUGAAGUGCAUGGUGAGGAAUAUCCAUCGCCCCCCGAGGCAAAAGGACAUCACGUAGAGAGCCGUUGAGGAACUGCGCACUGGACACCUUUGUCCCACACAGACUUGCUGCUCUUUCACUUUCUUCCUGUCAUCCUCCUCCUCUCCCCCUGCAAGGAGAUUCCCAGAACUGGCGUGGGCUCAAGGCACAAAUGUCCUCUUUUGGUGUCUCACAAGAGAACGCCUUAAUGGGGGAGGCGCCAGGCCAAAGUUGUGAUCUCUGCUGAGCCCUUCAGGGGUGUAAUCCUCACCUUUGCUUUGGAAUUGGUGCCCCCGCAAAUGCACAGGGCUUAGGCCCCUCCUGUGUGGCUUUCACCUCUGGGACUAACGAUUCUUAGGAGGGCUUAUCAAUAAUCGAAUGGAAAUGGGGGCUUGGAAUUGACUGGGGGAGUCUCACUUUCCUGUUGCCAUUGAAGCUGUUUUCUAAAAACCUAGAUGGCAUCCGUAACUUUGGCCAAGUGUGUUUGUAAGGCAAAGAGGGAUGUGAUGUGGGCGAUGGCUGUUCCUUUGUAACAAAACAUUUUACAAACCUUGUGGUGUGACCAAGGCACUGCUGGGGUUAUUGGCCCUACUUCUAAUCUUAUUCAUGUUCACAUUGAGCAGCUUUGGCCAUGCUGGUGCCCUGUGGAUGUUUUGGAACACAAGUCCCAUCCACCCCCUCCAGUGCAGUGCACGGGAGCCUUGGUCCAAAACAUCUGGUGCGUGCCACCAUGAGCAAGGUUGAUGUACAGGGACAACAUUUUUUCAUUUCCAGUAGGUUUUUCUGCCUUUAUCUGCAGCGUAGCAGAGAUGAAAGCCAGAGGCUGCAGCAUGAUGUGCAUUCCCACAAUGGGCUGUGCUAGAUGGAAGCUAUCUUUGGAAGGUAUCUUGCCUCUCUCUCAGUUAAAUGGAGAAAAUAGCUGGCAAUUUUUCUGUAAAUGGCUGGCACCUAGAUGAUCUGCGCACUUUCUAGGAUGCAUAGAGACCAGACAGGGAUGAUUGUUUCAAUAAAGUUUCAUAUUCCUCUGCAUAACUUUGCUUUCUGGGGAGAAUUUAUGGCUACUCUUAACACUCCAGCAGAGCCGCACAAUGCCCCCUUUUAUGGAUGAAGGAGGUCACUUAUUGCAACCUUUGCAGCCUUUGGCUCCUGUUUUAUCUGAAUUAUUUGUUCAUUUAUGGAACAAAUGGCCUAUGGAAUGACCUCCCUCUAGGGCAGCCUUCGACAGCUGUCUGGGGCAGAUGUGAGUUGUAGUCCAAAAUAUCUGUAGGGUACUGGCUUGGUGUAGGCUGCCCUAGAGGCAUGACUGAUGUCAUCGCGCUUGUCAUUUUGGCGUCCAGUGAAACCUUUCUGUUUGCCCAGGCUUGGGGGUGGGGAUAGGGGAUUAGAAAUUCCAUCACUGAUGCAGCUGAGGAGCUGAGAUAUUAGUUCCCUGGCUGUUUCCCAAAAAGAUGCUGUAUUUGUAUCUGCUUUUAUAAAUUGUGCUAUGUUGGUUUUAUUCUGCUAUAACUCCCCGUAUGAUGAAGAGUGGGCUAGAAAUCCCCUUUAUAAAUAAAACGUAUGAAAAUGAUUUUUAUCCCACACUUCUGCCAAAAAAGGCUUCUGGAGUGGCUUACAGAUCAGUACAAACAAAUCAUGUCCUUGCCUUCAGUAUAACAAUCUAAAAAUGGAGGAAAAUGGAGUAACGAGGCAGAAGAAAGAGGAAAACUCGGGUGCAACUUCUUGGUUGCAAGCUCUUCUAAUGACCAGCUGG